CUUCCCUUCCGGCGCGGGGCUUGGCCGGCGGCAGAAGCGGAGGGCGAACCUCAGUUUCCCUCUCGCGGCUGCGCCACAGACGAUCCGCAGCGACUCCGGAUUGGCGCCGGGGCGCCCCCUGCUGCGGCGUGAUGGCCUCGCGCAUCCUGCACCGUCUGAGGCACGCGCUGGCCGGAGAAGGCGAAAGGGAGGGUCUGCCCGACUGUGGCUCAGAAGCUGAGGAGUUUCCAGAAAGCUCGGAGCUGGAGGAUGACGAUACGGAGGGCCUCUCCACACGGCUCAGCGGGACACUGAGCUUCACCAGCAACGAUGAGGAUGAAGUGACUGAAGAAGCUGCAGCCCCUCAUGGGACCAGGCAGAGUCUGGGAGAAGACCUGGGCCCAGAACUGCUCGGUGAGGCUUCAGAAGAUGGAGAGCACGCCCCCCCCUUGGCAGAGCGCCAGGGCAGCAACAUGCUCACGCGACAACUGCAGGAGCUCUGGCGAAAAUCGCGGGGCAGCCUUGUUCCCCAGCGCCUCCUCUUUGAGGUGACCAGUGCCGAUGUAGUCAACGAGCGCAACUCCAAGUACGUGCUCUACACCAUCUACUUGAUCCGCGCAGGGCAGUUCGACAAGGCCCCUGCCAGCAUCGCACGGCGCUACUCGGACUUCGAGCGACUGAACCGGCAUUUGCGCCACCAUUUUGGCAGUGACAUGGCAGGCGUCUCCUUUCCGCGGAAACGGCUGCGGCGCAACUUUGCAGCCGAGACUAUUGCCAAGCGCAGCCGGGCAUUUGAGCAGUUCCUCUCUCACCUGCACUCCUUGCCAGAAAUCCGUCGGUCAGCAGAGUUCUUGGAGUUCUUUUUCUUGAAGGACCUGCAGGGGGCGCAGCGCUCGAUGUGCACGGGCAUGUACUGUGAGGCCCUGGCAACAUGGGCCAAUGCCCACCGGCUCCAGGACAAACUGGGUGCCUGCCGCUCCGGCCACUUCCUGCUGACCCUGGCUGGGCUGGCUGUCUGCCAUCAGGAGCUAGACCAGUUGGACGAAGCCCAUGCCUGCAGUGAGAAGGCUCUGCAGCUUCUGGAGACCCAGGACAGCCACCCGCUGCUGGCCCCCUUCUUGCAGACCCACGUCCACCUGUCCUGGAUGCUGGGCAAGGACAAGCGGCAGGCUGAAGCCCGGCUGCAAGGCCUGCGGGAUGCUGGACUGACUGGGCUGCAGCCCCCCACCCUGAAGGAGCUCCUCAUCAAACAUCCACUGCCCUGAGCCCCUGGAGAGGACCGCCCAGCUGCUGUCACCUUGGCAGAGUGAUGGUAUCAGGAACAGGAGUAGGGUAGCUCCCCUAGCUUUGCUUGUUGCCAUCCUCCGGGCAGCCAUCUCUGCUGGGGGAGGAAGGGGCUGCCUGGGAUUUGACCUGGUACUUGGUUAUUUAUUCCAGGAAUUAGCUGCUUCUGCUAGGGAUUUUUAAUGCUACUUGAAUGCUUGAGAGGACAGCCAUGUCCGUCUCACUGGAUGACACUAACCACUGUCCAGCACAGGCAGGAAGACCACAUUGGCCAGGUAGGGACCUGCUGCUGAUUUUGGAGGGAAGAGCUAUUGAGCAGCUGCUGCUGCCACCAGUGAAAAGACAAAGGGAAAUGUGGAGGGGUGCUGCGCUGGACCUUGCCCCUGGCCUCCUGAGCCCCAAGGAGAAGAGGGGGAAAUUUGUCUCUG